AGUUAAUUAAUUGAAUAGUGUACCUACAAAGCCAAGGAUCGUUUCGUUCCCUUAUGAGUUCUAUCGUUAACCCCAAAACGACGACUCAGCAAAACCAAGAUGGAGAUUACUCACCAGAAUCCGAACCCGACGCAGACUCGACCCGACGAACCAGAACUCGAGCUCUACACCAUUCCAGGCCACUCCAGUUGGUUUUCUUGGGAUGACAUCCACGAAACGGAGAGACUCGCGUUGCAGGAAUUCUUCGAUGGCAGCUCCAUCUCUAGAACCCCAAAAAUCUAUAAAGAGUACAGAGAUUUCAUUAUCAACAAGUACAGAGAGGAUCCUUCCAGGAGGUUGACGUUCACUGACGUCCGCAAAUCGCUUAUCGGCGAUGUCACCCUGCUCCACAAGGUUUUCUUCUUCCUGGAAACCUGGGGUUUGAUCAAUUUCGGUGCGCCUUCCCAUGGCGAUAGAUUGGAGAACGAGGAGAGGGUUCGAUUUGAGGAAGGAGCUCCUAACGGAGUCCGCGUCGUGGCGACCCCAAAUUUGUUGCGCCCGAUUGCGCCACCGCCUGUUGUUCGGAAUGAUCGGGAGGUUGUGGAGAGGGGUGUUAGGUUGCCGCCGCUGACUUCCUAUUCGGAUGUCUUUGCGGAUUUGAAGAGGUUGCGUUGCGGUGAUUGUGGAGAUCAGUAUGAUUCUGAAUACUAUGAGUACACUAAGGGUAAUUUCACCAUCUGUGCAAAAUGCUUUGCAAGUGAAAAUUUUGGGGAGAACAGGCCCAAGGAUGAUUUCAAGUUGUGUGAUUGUAGUGAGAACAAUGGUAGAAAUGAUGCUGCCUGGACUGAGGCUGAAACUCUACUUCUUUUAGAAUCUGUUUUAAAACAUGGGGAUGAUUGGGAACUUGUGGCUAAAAAUGUUCAAACCAAGACCAGACUUGAUUGCAUUGCAAAGCUCAUUGAGCUUCCUUUUGGGGAGCUUUUGCUUGGUUCUACCUAUCAAAGGGAUACUUCCAGUGGUUCCAGUGCAAUCACGGAUAGUAUGAAGCAAGUCAACUUCCCGUCAUUGGAGCAUCAAGAGAAUGCCAAAACCGAGGAUCAAGGUCAGGGUAAAUCUCAUGAGAAUAUGCAUGAGAAUGAACUGAAUGGAGAUACUGAGAGCCUAGAACCUCCUCCAAAAAGAAAACGUGUUGCUUCCUUUUCUGAUGCCACUAGCUGUUUGAUGAAUCAGGUAGCUUUGAUCUCCACCUUGGUUGGGCCACAUGUUACAGCCGCUGCUGCUCAGGCCACAGUCACUGCACUUUCUGAUGAAACUUCAUGUCCAAGAGAGAUAUUAGGUGUUGAUGACAAUAAUAUAAUUAAUGGGUUACAGUCUCAACCUAUGUGCUCUGAGACUGGGAGAUUGCAUAACCAUGAAGAUCCAGAGAUCAAGAAGUCUGCUCUCACGGAAAGUCAGGAGACAUCUGCAAAGAAGGAUGUGCUUUUGCCGUUGCAAAUUAGAGCUGCUGUUGCAACUGGUCUUGGAGCGGCUGCUGCUCAUGCUAAAUUAUUGGCUGAGCAGGAAGAAAGGGACAUUGAACAUUUAGUUGCGACUGUGAUUGAGGCACAGUUGAAAAAAUUGCACUCUAAAGUCAAUCAUGUUGAAGAUCUGGAGCUGAUAAUGGAGAAGGAACAUGCUGCAAUGGAGGAACUAGAACAUCAUGUCAUAGGAGAGAGGAUCGGAGUCUUAGAAAAGGCAUUUAAUGCCGGUAUAUCUAAAUGGAAAGAUCUUACCUCUUUAAAAUCACAAAGAAGCAAUGUAUAUUGAUGGAGUUUCAGAUCAAUCUUAAGCAGCAGAAAAGAUGAUGAUAUUAACUGGAGACUCGUAGGUUCCCGGCAUAGACUUUAGUUUUAACUUGUAAGCAGUGUCAUUUCCUAUUAGAAACGACUGUAGCAUUGUUAAGCUGCUAUUGUAGUUAGGCUUUUUUAAUUUCAUUUUUUAUGAGAUUAGCAAUAUCUUUCAUAUUUUUUUUCAUCAUCGAUAUUAUAAUUGUUUAAUUUAAUUAAAAUUGUUGUUAUAG